AUGUCAACCACCAAGAAAAACCUCCUUGCAGUCCUGGGCGCGACGGGCAAUCAGGGAUACUCCGUCGCUUCCACCGUCCUCUCCGACCCCGAGCUGCGCGCCCGCUACGAUGUACGAGCACUCGCCCGCUCCACUAUCUCUCCUAAGAUGACCUCUCUGGCUUCUCUCGGCGCGUCUCUUGUAUCCGCUGACAUGGACGACAUCUCUACCCUCGCCCCAGCCUUCCAAGGCGUAAACACUCUUUUCUUCCUGACCGCGACCCAAUACACUGGCAACACUCGCGAUAUUGAAACGCGCCAGGCAAAAGCUGUCUGCACUGCCGCCCUUGCCGCAGGCGUCUCCUACAUUAUCUACUCCUCAAUGUCGCAUCCGACAAUGCUCAGUGGGGGUCAGUACAAGAACGUCGAGCACUUUGACGACAAAGCCGAGAUUGAAGUGUACAUUCGCUCGCUGCCUGUGAAGAGUUCUUUCUUCGCCCCGGCGAGCUUCAUGCAGAACUUCCUCGGCCCAUUCAUGCGUCCCAUGCCUAGCGAGAAAGUGGGUGAGUGGGUGCUAGCAAACUGCGCCUACGGACACAGUCGCAUGCCGUUCAUCGAUAUUGAGGAGACGGGGAAGUGGGUUGGUGCUGUUCUUGCAAAGCCAGAGGAGUAUAACGGAAAGACGUUUGCAGCAGCAGCAGAGAUAUUGAGUAUGGAUGAGGUGGCGAAAAUUGUGGCGACAGUGACGGGGAAGAAGGUUAGCCAUCAGCAUGUCCCCGAUGAGGUGUUCAAAGGUUUCUUGCCUGAGGGGAUGCAGACGCAGUUGUAUGAGAUGUGGGCGUUCCAGCGGGAUUUUGGAUAUUAUGGGCCGGAUACGGAGAAGGAGGUUGCAUGGGCUAGAGACAAUGCGCGCGGGGAGUUGACAGGCUUAGAGGAGUUUUUGAGGAAGCACAACUACACGCUGGAGUAG